AUGUCGACCUUCGAGCCAGUCAUCACGAUCGAUGCCAAGGGUCACCUUCUUGGUCGACUUGCAAGCACUGUUGCAAAGCAGUUGCUCAACGGCCAGAAGAUCGUCGUUGUACGAUGUGAGGCCUUGAACAUCUCUGGAGAGUUCUUCCGUGCGAAGCUCAAGUACCACGCCUACCUCCGAAAGAUGACCAGAUACAACCCAACCCGUGGAGGUCCUUUCCAUUUCCGUGCCCCAUCCAGAAUCUUCUACAAGACCGUCCGUGGUAUGAUUCCUCACAAGACUGCCCGUGGUGCCGCCGCCAUGGAGAGACUUAAGGUUUUCGAGGGUGUUCCACAACCAUACGACAAAGUCAAGCGCGUUGUCGUUCCCCAAGCUUUGAGAGUGUUGAGAUUGAAGCCUGGACGCAAAUACUGCACUGUCGGCAGAUUGAGCCACGAGGUCGGAUGGAAAUACCAAGAUGUUGUCGCUAGACUUGAGGAGAGAAGAAAGGUUAAGAGCGCAGCAUACUACGAGCGCAAGAAGGCAGCACGCAAGCAGCUUUCAGAAGCCCAGAAGUCCGCUAAGAUCGACGAUAAGACCAAGACUGAGUUGGCUGCUCUCGGCUAUUAA